CAUAUAUUUUUAAUUGUUUAUAAAAGUCCUUGCUGUUUUUAAGUGGCUGAAUUAGUGUGUGUGCACGCGUGUGUGUGUGCGCGCGUGUGUGUUGGUAGCUGGGUGGGUAUAUAGUUCUGGUCGGAAGUUGACAUACCCAUUGCAGGAGAAAGAGACCCUGUGUAAUCUGUUUAAACGACUUUUACACAUGUUUUGCAGAGAGAUCAUUUUCACCUUGCUGUUUGGGUCUCUGUCCCACACUGUUACAGUGCAGUAUUGAGAGCACGAGGGAGAUCGAUUUUCUAUCAGAAACAGUAACUAUAUAAAAUGGACGUCAACACGCACCACUCUGUGAGGUCAUUUCUCGCUCUCAACAGAGUAGUUGUGAUUGUUUAGUGUUUACGACAGGGCCAAAACAUUCAAGGCCAUGGUGUAUUUUGACUGUUCCUGUAGCAUAAUCUCACCAAACUGUGUGUACACGAGUCCACAGACACGGAGUCUAUUCACAGCUCCAUGCUGUGUAGAUGUUCUGCUCAUCCUCACUGUACCGUAAAGAUCAGAACCUCACAUCUGUAACCUUGUAGCUUUCCUUAAUCAACACGACUGCAACCAAGCUUGUGUAUCACUACUAUUUUUAGAUCUCCGCCUCUCAAAAGUAUUGGCGCCCUGCGCGUCCGCCUCUCAAAUCUGUUGGCGCCCUAUGCGUCCGGCUGUCAAAUCUAUUGGCGCCCUAUGCGUCCGGCUCUCAAAACUAUUGGCGCCCUUCACGGGCAGUUCUCAAAAGUAUUGGCACCCGAUCUGAAUUUUGCCACGGCAAGCACCACUCACAUUUUCUUCAGGAAAUGUACCUUAAAAUAAUAAAAAGUCUCACUAGGUUGUGUGUCGAGAUAAACGUGAAAACAUCUUGAGCUUGUGUUCACCACAGACCUUAUUUCCGGCAUUUAACCCAAAACCCCAUUGACGGAAGUGCUAAUACGCUGAAUCGUUUCUGGGUUUCACGACUCAUUCCUGCAGCACUCUGUAAGACGGGCUGUUGUUAUCAAACCAUCGAAGUAAGAUAAGCGGCUUUGGUAAUGAUUCUUUAAAUGAACCGAUUCAGAAUCCUCUUCUUGAAUCGUUUGAGUCGUUCUCACUCGGUCAGGGUUGCACGUGUGGGUUGCUUUUCCUGCACGUGUUCACAGACCGUAAAUCCCGACCCCACGGUAGACACUCGACAGAAAUUUCAUACUAAAGUAAGUAUUUUAUAUUUUCUGGGUCUAAACAGAGCAGAAGUAUUGCUAACGUGUUGUACAGAUUCUAUUGGACUGGUGAACUGUGUGGAUUUGUAUAUUUAACCCAGUUUAAUAUGGCCUGCUUUGUUCAGUCAGAGACAAGUAAAUCUGUUCUAAUGUUCAUUUAUUUUCCAUAGAUAAAACAAAUGUUUGCUUACACAUGAAUACGUACUUUAUGCCUUCAGAAUGGUGGAGAUUUGACUCUUAACUAUGGGAGGUGGGGGGUACUAUAAAAUGCACAGUUCUGAGACACUAUAUACCUAUACUGUGAAAUCAGUACAUGUGUGUUUAGAAUGAUUAUAGCUUUUGGAAAAGAAAAAAAAACUAUUCUUGAAUCUAUUAGUCCUUGUUCUGAUGCACCUGUAACGUCUCCCUGAGGGCAACAGAUCAGAGCCAGGGUGAGAGCUGUCCUCAAUGAUGGUUUUUCCUCUGCUGAGGCAACGGGGGGUAUAAAUAUCCAUCAGGGAGGUGUUGUGGAUAAAAAAUGUCAUAAAAUAAACAUAAGGGAGACCUAGCAUCCAGCAAAGGGGAGAAGAAGAAAAGAUGGGCACCUAGACACAUAGAAGCGGGAUUAGGCGGACAUUGACAAAUUGGAAUUACACUUUAAAGAUCUUUAAGAGCAGUAGUAGUCAAAAAAGUCAAAAAGAGGUAUACGAGCUGAGCUGAGGAGUGCUAAUACACACACACACGCGCUCGUACAGUCAAGGGCGGGCAAGUAGACACAACAUACACACACAUGAAUAACUUUAAUAAUCUUAUUGUAAUAGAGAAACUCUCUAUAAAAAAACAGAAUAGUAGGAUAUGCAGGACAGUAUGGAGGAUAUGCAGGAGCUUAAGCUCAUCACUUCUGAGAAUUCUCAUCGGUGUGGAUCUCGUGUGGUGGAACGGAACAAUAAAUCUGGACCCUUGCUUCUUCUCACUCACGGCUGGUGUCUUUUUUUCUAUCUCCAACUGGGCUCAGAGGUAGAUGUGAGUGUUGGCUUCUAUGUUGAAUUUUAAGUGUUUUUGGGUAAUGGGCUAUAUUUGAGCCAACAGAGGGGAGAGGUAAUAAAUAAACUUAUAAAUGUGAUUACUUGAUGGCCGUAGACAAAACUCUAUACAUGUGAAAUGUUUUGUUGAAGUUCAGAUGAAACUCUGAUGUACAGAAUCUUCAACAGAGUUCUGCAGAAAGAUUUUGAAUGCCUGUCAUUCACCAGAACAAAUUUGCAGUUGAACAGUCUGUCUAAAAGAAAAAAUCUAAACACACAAUAUAAAAUUCCUGCAGUGUGAAUAAAGCCUUUGUAUUUCUUUUAGCAAACAUGUCUAAGUACUCUCGGUUCAAUGUACACAAUUUACCCCAUUUAAAUGCAUUUUGGAAAUUGUUCCACAUGGCCUUAAAGUGUGAAUAUUCACUGUAUGCCAAAUAAGUAAUCAAAGAAUGGAAUGGAUUUUUUCUUCUCUAAUGGACCAUUAAUCACAAUUAUAAAAGAUGAUGCAUCAGGUACAAAGUAUCAGGGUUUUUCCCCCCUCUUUUUCCCACAAUAGUUGCAUGAUUUUUGCUACACCCUUUCCACCGUGUGUGUGUGUGUGUGUGUGUGUGUGUGUGUGUGUGUGUGUGUGCGCGCGCUACCAAUCACUUUGAGGUAAAAAUAUUUUAAGGCAGCCACUUUCACCUUCCUACAACAAUUGGUGACUGGUCUGAGGUGAAGCUUCUUGUCAUGUUACUGUGGUCAUGGAUCACAUUGUGGGGAUCUCUGUAAUGUAACCGUUUCUGUAAUUAUCCUUACUUGCCUUUGCGCUUUUGUGCUUCUGUGUCUUCUGUUGGUGCUUUAUUCUGCUUUUUAGGGCCCGAGCACCGCUGCUGCAAAGCCCUAUUGGAUCUGCUGUUUAUUAUUGGGGCAGAGCACCGAAGGUGCAGCGCUUCCGGUGACCACCGGAGGGCGCAUGCACCGGAGGUGCAGGGCCCUAUUGAUUUUCUGGUGUUUAUUGUUUAUUUCAUGCAUUCUUGUCGUUUGUAAGGACCUAAACAUGGCUGAAAACUCCCAAAACUCGGUAGACGCGCCAGCACCAGUGAAAAUGUAACUUAAAUUGGGCAUGGGCAUGGUCGAGGAGCUCCUUAGCACCCCUGAAUGCAGACAAAGAUUCAGCUUCGGACACAAGUUCCAGGUACUGAUCGAGAAGGAGUGGAUCAGCUUCGGACACAAGCUGGCCUCGGUGCGUAUGAGCAGUGAGGGCGUGGUUGUGUGUGGGCGCGUGAACGCAUGUAUAUUUAACCCCAUCUUUCUCUCUCUGUGUGUUUCUCAGCGUGUCGGCUUUGGAGAUGAGAAUCACGCCAACUCGGAACGAUCCCCUCUCUUUGUGCAGUUCAUCGACUGUGUGUGGCAGAUGAUGAGACAGUUUCCUUCUGCUUCUGAGUUCAAAGAGCUUUUUCUCAUCCCCAUCCUGGAUCGCCCCUACAGCUACCUGUUUGGUACAUUCCUCUACAGCAGUGAGCAGGAGAGAAUGGAAAAGGAAGUACAGGGUAAAACGGUCACUGUGGUCCUACGUUAACAGUCAGCCGGAGGACUUCACUAAUCCGUUCUAUGUGGACUGUAAAAACCAGGUGCUGUAUCCACUGGCCAGUCUCACACAUCUGGAGCUCUGGGUGGGUUAUUAUGUGUGCUGGAACCCACGCAUGAGACCUCAGAAAACUACAUGAACGUACAGGUGUUCCUAAUAAAGUGGACGGUGAGUGAACAUGACGUGGCUGAAACGAUUUCCAAAACACUUCAGGAGCAGCUAGCGAUAAAGAUUAAGGUUACACCGGCUUUAUGACUGAUCUUUUAAUAAUGAUACAUAAAUAAAUAGAAAGCGAAUGGAAUGAUUUAGAAAAUCGGUGUCCCAGAACGAAACUGAUGUUUGUGUGCUUUGUUGAUUAUGUAGAUGCCGCUCCAUCAGAAUCUGAGAGAGUUAUUGUUUUUGCGUGAAGAACGUGGAGGAGCUCCAGAGAGAGGCCACGUCAUCCUGCUCCAUCUCCUCAUCCUCGGAGCAUACUUCUCACUCCUCACAUAGUGGUACACCACUUCACACUGCUGUCUAAAUACACACGCGCACACACACACACAUACAUACAUUUAAGAGCACACACUGUCUUUACUCAAUGAAUACACUCGGGCACAAGUAGGGAGUGGAUGAGUAUGAAGCGGGCACACACACACACACACACACACACAUUCCUGUUUGCAAUUUUUUUAACUAUAGAGAAGUAACCUAGUGUCACAUUUUAUAAAUCCUUAAUACUUAAAAAUGGAUCUUGGAUCAAUGAGGUUUUCUACUGUUCUCAAGGCUUGGCAUGCUGUGCAUCCCGAGAUGCUUUUCUGCUCACCAUGUAUGUAAAGAGAGGUUAUUUGAUGUUACCAUGGCCGUCCUAUUAACUUGACCCAGUCUGGCCAUUCUCCUUUCGCCAACAACGUGUUUCCACCCCGAGAACUGCCACUUACCGGAUGUUUUUCAGACAAGUGUGUGUGUGUGUGUGUGUGUGUGUGUGUGUGUGUGUGUGUGUGUGUGGAAAUCCUAGGAGAGCCGCAGUUUCUGGAAUACUCAAACCAGACCACUUAGAAUCUACAACCAUGCCACAGAUAAAAUAACUGGAUUACAUUCUGGUGUUUGAUGUGAAUAUUGACUGAAGCUCUUCAUCUGAUCCUGCUUGAUGUUGUACAUUGUGGUGUUGCCAUAUGAUUGGCUGAUUUGGAUAAUUGUAUGAAUGAGCACAUGUACAAGUGAUCAGUGAGCACAUCCAUCUACCAUAGAGGUAUUUUGGGGCAAUACUUGACAAUGUACCUGACUUUGUUAGAUUUGUGGCCAAGUUGAAGAAGCUUUUGACAGCCGAAUGGAAAAAAAUUAAUAAAACAAUUCAAGACAAAUUCA